GUGCAGAAAGUAGAGGCAGCGUACGGGAUGAUUUGUUAGAUAGCCAUCUGUAAGGGUGCAUCAAAGACCAGAUAAUGUGUAGUUUGGACAAGAGCUUUGUGCUGCUCUCUGUGACAAUUGGGAUCAGCUUGUUAUUCAGCAAUGUGAUUGGGAAAAAGGCGAAUUGUCCCUCUCGGUGCAGCUGUACCAGAGAUACCAUCAUGUGUGUUGGAACUUCAUCCGUCCCACGGCUUACUGCCGGCGAUAUAACGUCCCUGAGUUUGGUAAAUGGAAGUUACCACGAAAUAGGAGAAGGAAUGUUUUCAAGCUUGCCGUUUUUGCAACUUUUGCUGCUGAAUUCAGAUUCAGUUACAUUGAUAAAGGAUGAUGCCUUUGCUGAUCUUCCACAUCUUGAGUAUUUAUUUAUUGAAAACAACAAAAUUGAGUCCAUAUCAAGACACGCUUUUCGAGGACUCAAAGAUUUGAUCCAUCUUUCUUUGGCCAACAACGGGAUCAAAUCUUUACCAAGAGAUGUCUUCCUUGACUUGGACUCCUUGAUUGAACUGGAUUUGCGUGGAAAUAGGUUUCAAUGUGACUGUAAAACAAAAUGGAUGACCUCUUGGCUGAAGACCAUCAAUGCCACUGUGAAUGACGUUUUCUGUGCUGGUCCUCAAGAUCUUGAGGGAAAGAAGCUAACUGACCUGACAAACUCUGAGUUUGACUGCCUGUCAACAAAAUUUGUACUGCACCAGAUUUUACCAUAUGAAUCUGUAUCUGUGAACACGUUCUCUUUCAAGAAUGAUGUUUACGUCGCAAUUGCACAACCAAAUGUCGGAAACUGCAGCGUGUUAGAAUGGGACCAUAUUGAGAGGAGUUUUAGAAGUUAUGACAAUAUUACUGGUCAGUCCAUAAUUGGAUGUACACCAAUAACAAUUGAACAACAAGUCUUUGUUGUAAUUGCACAACUUUUCGGUGAUUCUGCCAUUUAUAAACAUAAUGAGAGCCGGACUAAAUUUGUGAAAUUUCAAGGAAUCGAAGCUUCUAAAAUUUCAAAACCAAACGACAUUGAGGCAUUCCAGAUUGACAAUGAGUGGUUCUUUAUUAUUGUGGAUAGUUCCAAAGCUGGGUUGUCAACAAUAUAUAAAUGGACUGGCAAAGAAUUCUAUUCCUACCAGACUCUGCACAAAUGGUUUAGAGACAUAGAUUCUGAAUACGUCAGUAUAGAUGGGAAGUCUUAUUUAAUUUUAACAAGUCGGUCGCAAAACCCAGUGAUCUUUGAAUGGAACAAAAAUACAAAGCAGUUUGUGCAGCAAAGCGUUUUGCAACAUAUGGAGGAUGUAAUAGCUGUGAAGAGUUUCAAAAUUAAAAAUGACCUGUUCAUUUCUCUGACAAGAUUUAUUGGAGAUUCUAAGAUAAUGAAAUGGAAUACAAAGCAGUUUGUUGAAAUGCAAGAUCUUCCUUCACGAGGGUCAAUGCUUCUGCAACCAUUUUCAUUCAAAGACUGGCACUAUUUGGUUGUAGCAAGUGACUACACUUUCUCUGAGAUUUAUAUUUGGGACAGUCAAAAAAAGGGCUUUACAAAAUUUGAAGAAAUCUAUGUCCAGGCUCCUAGAUCUUUCACCGCUGUAUCCACAGGUCGAACCGAUUUUUUAUUUGCUGCAAGUUUUAAAGGAAGUACUCAAAUAUUUGAGCAUGCAAUUAUUGAUUUGAGCCUGUAACUUACUGGAAAAAGUUGCGAAUGCAAAAUCUUAAUUAGUUAGUUAGUAAAUUGAUUUUUAUUACUUGAGAGGCUGAAAAUAACUGGUUCAAUGUAUUAAACUGCAACUGUACAAUGAGAAGAAAAGUAGUCUUGUAAAAAAAAACAUAUGGUAAUUGUUGAUGGCUCACUCUUUGGAGGAGGUGGCCUCUGGAACGGACACUGUUGUAUUAAUUGUCAUCUUGUGAACGGUUAUAUUCAGACCCAAGAAACUGUUACUAAUUCUAAAACGAUCAUUUAAAAAAUUGUUAUCAUUUACUGCUAUUACAGUAGUAGCAGAAGUAUUUAUAAAAUGUAUUCUCAUUCAGUAUGAAUAUACUGUAUAUUAUA